AUGUCCCGACCACCACACAUGUUGCUUCGCAACAUGACGACCUCGCAUUGCAUACCAGAGGAGCCAGCUCCAGCUUCACCAACCUCGGUCGCACCAUCGCUUGGGUAUUCCUCAUCGUCCUCAGUCGACGAGCCUGAAGAACCCAUCGCUCGACCACGACGCGCUUCCACCAAAUUGAUCUCGCAGAAUGCCUCCGACGUCCAACGAUUAAUAGGAGAGCCGGGCACAAGAUUGAUUGAGAAAUGCUGUGGUGGAGGAUGUUGCAUGGCCGCCACCAAUACCGACCGAUUGAAUUUCGAAAAAGUCGAAUUACCAAACAACGACGCGUUUAAAGCUCUACAAUUGAAGGUGGGAAUGAUCCCAACGACCCUCACACAAUUGCCAGAGACACCUGAGCAGACGAUCCAUAUCCUGCCAGUCAAAAACGCGACUUCAAUCCCAUCACCGACCGACUCUGCCAUCUCAGUGGGCGAGGAGGCAAAAAGUGAUUCCAUUGACUUUACCCCACAUAAUAUCCAAACACCACCCAUCGAUACCUCGGUCCACCCACCAAAUUUCGUCCAACCUCACCCACCCUACGCCGUACACUCGGCAAAGAUAUUUAGUGCGCGAGCAUUAACCAAGCCGGGCGCGGAGAAGCGUACGUAUCAUUUCGAUCUCGAUGUUACGGAUUAUCCAGAGGAGAUGGGUGUGGAUUUCAAGGUGGGAGGUGCAAUUGGGGUGAUGGCUCCGAAUGAGCCGGGGGUGGUGGAUGAGUUGAUGGAUUUGCUUUGCAUUCCAAAGCAUAUUCGGGAUCGUCCUAUUCUGCUCAAGACGGGUGGAGGUCAUUGGCCUACGGUUUGGGGGGAGGAGAAAGCACGAGAGCUCAUCACGACAAGACGUGAUCUUCUUACUUGGUGCAGCGAUAUCCAAUCGUAUCCACCAACCAAGCAACUCAUGCACUUGCUCGCAGAACACACGACAAACGUUAACGAGAAGAAGGUUCUCGAUUUCUUGUGCAGCGCGGAAGGUCAGAAUGUCUUUUGCGAUUUCCGUACUGGACCUCAUGUCACUAUGAACCAAUUACUUCACGCAUUCCCGUCCAGCAAACCACCACUUGAGCUUCUCCUCCAACAACUUCAACCUCUCAUGCCAAGAUUUUACUCUCUCUCCAACGAUCCUCACGAGAACUGUGUCCCACGAGCAGGCUGUGCUCGUCUUAUCGAAAUCGCAGUCACCGUCCACGAGACCAACAAUUGGACAGGCGGUCUUCGAACCGGCGUAGGAUCCGGCUACUUUGAACGACAAGCCCUCAAAUUCAUCGAAGCCGAAGAAAAAGGCGAGAAACCAGACCUCCGCAUCCCCAUGUUCAAAGGUCUCAUGGCCAAUCCUCUCGCCCGCGAAUUCGUUGCCGAUGGUCCUAUGCUCCUAAUCGGUGCCGGUGUCGGUGUCGCCCCUUUCCGCGGCUUUGUCCAACGUCGUCUCAAAAACGCAAACUGCGCCAACAAAGUCUGGGUUCUCCAAGGCGUCCGCGAUUCCCUCCUCGACGAGCUAUACACCGGCGAAUGGGGCGUCCACGAGAGCGAAGUCAAGAAAGUCGUGCAAUCCCGUAAACAUUCCGGUAAAGGCAAAUACGUGCAAGAUGAGGUCCGCGCGCAGGCUGAUCUCGUCUGGUUCAUCAUCAACAGUCUUGAUGGCCGCGUGUUUGUGUGUGGGAGUAGCAAGGGGAUGGGCGAGGGUGUUGAGGAGGCCCUCAUUGAUUCGGCGAUGAUGAAGGGGAAUCUGAGUAGGGAUGAGGCGACUAAGUUUUGGGAUUUGAAGAAGGAGGCCGGGCAGUAUAUUGCUGAGACUUGGUAG